AUGGAUAGUGAAAAAGGAAAAAGCGUGGUGUCUGAUAUUUUUGAAAAGUUCGGAAAAUAUCAAAUAAUACAGUACUUUCUCGCAUGCUUGCCGAUUGUUUUUGUUUCUAUGAAUAAUGUUAACUAUGUUUUUAUUGCUGGUGAUAUUGAAUAUAGAUGCUACGUUCCCGAGUGUGAGAACUCAACAACAGAAUUCUUAGUGCCAUGGUGGCCCGAUACGGUUCCGAACAAAUGCCUGAAACCGAUACUAAAAGACAGUUUCGCGGUGGGUGAAAUCUGUACAAACGAAACUUUUACUGGUCAAUACGAAGCCUGUACGAGAUGGGUAUACGAAAGCAACGAUACUGUUGUAGGUGAGUUGGAUAUGGCAUGUGAGCCAUGGAGAACGAAUUUCAUUGGAAUGACUCGAAACAUAGGAAUGGCUGUCUCCAUGCUUAUAAUUGGAUGGCUUUGUGAUAGGAUUGGACGGAAACCAGCGCUCAUUAUUUGUUCGUUAGGCGUGUUUUUGGGAAACUUUAAGACCAUGGCGAAGUCCUAUAAUUUGUAUAUAUUUUUUGAGUUUAUAGAAUCGUCGAUGUCUGGUGGAGCCUAUACUGCCGCUACAGUUCUAAUGAUUGAAAUCGGUGGAAAGAAGACGAGAUUCUUAGCUGGCGUAUUAUUCGCAUAUGCGAUAUAUAUGGGAGAAGCGAUAUUCGCAUGCAUUGCGAUGUUUGUGCCAUACUGGAAACAUUUAUUAUACAUAAUGUGUUCUCCAUCUUUAAUAUUCUUAUCCUAUUUCGUAUUAUUAAAAGAGAGCCCGCGCUGGCAAAUACUUAACCGGAGAACAGAAAAAGCCAAGAAGACGCUGCGAAAAAUUGCUGGAAUGAAUAAAAUUAAUGUCAAUUUAGAUUAUUUAGAUACGAUAAAUGAAGGUAUAUUAAAACAAUCUAAUAAUGCCAAAACUAAAAGAGAAGGAUACGUCGCAGUGUUAAAAUCAAAAGAGAUGAUGAAGAGGUUGCUAGUGGCUGCAUUUUGUAGAUUCGCAGUUAGUUUUAUAUACUAUGGACUUAUUGUGAAUUCUGUAUAUCUGCCUGGAAAUAAAUAUACAAACUUUUUAUUAGCUGCUGUUAUGUCUUUUCCCGGUGAAAUAGUUUCUAUGUAUUUCAUGAAUAAGGUCGGACGGAAAUUGCCUUUGUGCUUCGGGUAUGUGAUAUGUGCUGCCGCGAAUAUAGCCAGUGCAUAUACUCCUGAAGAUUACAUCGGUGUUAAGAUAACGUUAUUCCUCAUCGGAAAGUUACUAGUGGCCGCCUGCUAUACUGGCAUCGCUACUUAUACAAUGGAGCUCUUUCCCACUAGCGUUAGAGGAUCGCUACUAGGCUUUUGCACUUUGGCUUCUUGUGCCGGAAGCACCUUGGCGCCUUUGUCUUCCAUGCUGACCACAAUUUCACCAAUCCUGACUUCUUUCUGUUUCGGAUGUGUAGCAGUGAUUUCAAGUCUUCUUCUCAUACUCACCCCCGAAACCAAGGACCUACCACUGAUGGACACUAUUAUUCAAAUUUAUGAUCACGCCGCAGAAGUUAAGAAGAGAAAAGAGGAGAAGAAACAAAAAUGUGCCGCCGACAAUAAUGCAUUUGAUUUAGAUUAUUCUACGCAUUUAUAA